CUCGUCCGUUCUUGAUUGGUGUCCCCCGGUGUCCUUGGAAAAUAGAACGAUGGGACUGAUUCCGGACGAGGGUCGGGUCCUGCCUCCCCCCGCACUUUUAAACAGGGGCUCCGUCCAGCUGGGUAUCCUAGGCUACGUGAGCGCCUUGCUUCACAACGGCUUCAACCGGUACCCGGUUUUACGAGCGGGUGUGCACCGGCAGAUACUCUUUACCACUGUUGGUGUGUUCCUCGGGUAUCACAUGACUAAGUUAGAGAACUACAAGAACGCCAAGAAGGAUCGCGAGUUGUUUGACUACAUGAAGAGACACCCAGAGCUCUUUGCCCAUAAAGAACCUCGAAGGGUAGGCGAAAUCACUGAGGCCUUCCACCCGGCAAAGGCACGCAUUAUACCGGCCAUGUUUGAGGUGCUGUUAUCAAGAAAUGGCACGGCAACUGCGCCACAUGAUUUUUACGCGUUGGUGAACGAGUACCAAUGA